AUGACAUACACCAUAACGGAGCUGAGCCUAUCUAACAAGAAUCUUGAAAACGAGAAAUCAAGUUUACUAACAGCUUUACAGCUCAUACAAAAUGACUAUAAUCAGUCUAGCAUAAAGUCAAAUACCACAGAAAAGCCGUGGAAUAUUGUGAAUAAUCACAAGCCAAAUCAGAUUCAAUUCAAAUCAUCACAUAACCCCACCACUUAUAUGCCUGUCGUUAAGCCGCCUAUUAACCGAAAUGUUAUAAACUGUAGUUCUGUUAACAGAUAUGAAAUCCUUAGCGACAGCGAUCUAGCAGCAUCUGCCGAGAAUGAAGAGUCGAUCCUAACCCAUGACGAACCUACCACGCGACAGGAAAAAGUCAACACAAAUAAAAGCGCUACUAAAAAGCCAAUAGCAUCAAAGAAAACAAGGACUAUUGCCUCGCCCAGCAAUGUCACAGAUAAUUCCGCAAGUGCAAAGCAAAGUCAAGCGUCAUCUGAACCAAGUGCUACCCCGGUUCGCAGUACGAAAGCUAAGCGUAAUACCGUAAUCGUCGGUGAUUCGAUUAUCAAGUACGGUUAAGUCAUUCUCGGGGGCGACGGUUGAUGACAUGAAGGACUUUAUCAAGCCAAUACUGCGAAAAAGCCCAGAGAAACUAAUACUGCAUAUAGGAACUAAUGACCCACGUAGCACGGACUUAAAAGUUGUUGCUGAUAAAGUAUCCAAUUUGGUACAGACGAUCUAUCAGCAGUGUGAAUCCUGAUAUCAAGGUCAUUGUUUCUGGAAUUCUUACUAGAAAAGAUGUCAAUGGCAUUGCAGACAGGGUAAGACAAACAAAUUCCUUGAUUAGAUUCUCAUGUUGUGAAAAUGGUUGGGCAUUUAUAGAGAACUCCAAUAUAAAGGACUCUCACCUGAAUUCCAGAGGACUACACUUAAAUCCCUCUGGUAGUUUGCUAUUACAAAACAAUUUUAAAUUAUUACUUAGAAAUUGACUAUGUGAAAAUGUGAGUGCUAAUUCUCAAAAUUCUGCAUCCAACCCAUUUCCUAAUUGUGCAAAUUCUAGGGGGUUUCUGAUCAACCAACUAAAACCUUGAAAGCUAUAUUAGAAACAUACCAGUUAUCUCAACUUAUUACUGAGGCAACACGAAUAACAAAUAUUUCUUGUACACUUAUAGAUCACUAUAUAACAUCUAUGCCAGAGAAAAUUAAUUCGACUGGCGUAAUUCAUACGGGAAUUAGUGAUCACAGCUUAAUUUAUGGUAUAAGAAAAAUCAAUCCCAUUGUGUCUACACGCAAUAUGACCAGGAAUGUUGAGGUCAGAAACAUGAAAAGGUUUAACCAUAACUCUUUUAGAGAGUAUCUUCUAGCUCAGCCAUGGGAGCAAAUUGUUCUGGAAUCAAAUACUGAUUCCAUGUGGGCCCUUUGGAAAAAGUUAUUUUUGGAAGUCUUGGAUAAGCAUGCCCCUGUUCAGCGUAUUAGAAAAAGAAAAUCUGGCGUUCCGUGGCUGACUGGGGAAAUUAAAAAAAUGAUCUUUGAAAGAGAUAAAUUAAAGCGUGAGGCAAUGGUGACUGGUACCCAUGCUGCUUGGGAUAAGUACAAAUCAACUAGGAAUAAGGUCAAUAUUGCCCUACGACAAGCUAAAACAGAUUAUUUUCGCAUUAAAAUAUCAAAUCAAAAUAAUAAUCCAAAAGAGGCUUGGAAGACAAUCAAUAACUUACUCGGUCGUUCUCCAGGUAAUACUGUUGUUAAUGAAUUAAAAUUUAAUGAUGCAAAAAUUACCUCACCUGAAGAAAUUGCCAAUGCUUUUAAUACAUAUUUUACUGACAUUGGCCCUAACUUAGCUAGUUCUAUUGAUGAUACUGACAUUACGUUUGAUCGUUUCAUCAAACCAGCUACAUCAAAAAUGACACGCUUUAAGUUAGUUUCACAUACUAAAGUAGUCAAGCUUCUAAAUGGUUUAUCCAAUUCGAAAGCAACUGGUCUUGAUAAAAUAUCUGGAAAGAUUUAA